CAAUUUUUCUGCCCGUAUACCAAUCACCCUUGAGCUCCCACUCACCUUCAGUUCCAUUGGCGCUGAAAAACAUAAACAGGCAUGAAUGCUCUAGUGAUCUUGCUAUGCUCCACGUUGCUUUUGUAUUCCCCUGCGGCGGUAUGCACGGUAGGGAGCAGCAGCAGCAGCACAAACGCCACCGACAAGCAGGCAGCCGCGCUGCUCUCCUUCAGGUCCAUGGUGUCCGACCCAUCCGGCGCGCUCACCUGGUGGAACGCCUCCAACCACCCGUGCAGGUGGCGUGGCGUCGCGUGCGGCCGCGGCCGGCACGCGGGCAGCGUCGUCGCGCUAAGCCUCGGCUCCUCGUCGUUGUCCGGGCUCAUCUCGCCGUUCUUGGGUAACCUCUCGUUCCUGCGUGUGCUAGACCUUGGGGCGAACCAGCUGGUUGGCCAGAUUCCUCCCGAGCUGGGGCGUCUCGGUAGGCUCCGAGAGCUUAACCUUUCUGGCAACUCGCUAGAAGGGGGCAUCCCACCGGCGUUGGCGAUAGGAUGUAGCAAGCUCGAGAGCCUUAGCCUGGACUCCAACCACCUCCGUGGUGAGAUCCCGGGUGAGAUCGCCGCGUUGAGGAAUCUAGCGUACUUGAAUCUUCGUGCAAAUAAUCUGUCGGGAGAGAUCCCGCCAUCCCUGGGUAACUUGUCAUCACUUUACUUCUUGAAUCUAGGGUUCAACAUGCUAUUUGGUGAGAUUCCAGCUUCCUUGGGCAAUCUUUCCCAGCUCAAUGCUCUUGGUAUUCAACAUAACCAAUUAUCUGGUGGCAUACCUUCUUCUCUUGGUCACUUGAACAACCUUACCAGUCUUCUCCUACAAGCUAACGGUCUGAUAGGGUCCAUUCCUCCUAAUAUUUGUAACAUAUCAUUCCUAAAACAUUUUUCUGUAGAAAACAAUGAGCUCAGUGGGAUGCUACCACCGAACGUGUUCAACACACUUCCUAUGCUCGAGACUUUCGAUGCGGGGGAGAAUAUGUUUGAUGGCCAUAUCCCAUCAUCACUGGUUAAUGCCUCCAAACUCUCUAGAUUUCAGAUCGCGGAAAACCACUUCAGUGGUGUAAUUCCUCCAGAGUUAGGAGGGUUACAGGGUCUCAAGUGGUUUAUUCUCACUGAAAAUGAUCUUGAAGCCAAAGAAUCUAACGACUGGAAGUUUAUGAAAGCAUUAACAAAUUGCUCCCAAUUAGAAGUUUUGGAAUUGGAAGCCAAUAAGUUUAGUGGAACUCUUCCAUCCGUAAUUUCCAACUUAUCCGCAUCACUAACAAUCCUCACUCUAGCUAGCAACAAAAUUGUAGGGAACAUGCCUAGAGAAAUUGGCAAACUAAUCAAUUUAGGUGCACUUGUCGCACAUAACAAUUUUCUGACUGGAAGUCCACCGUCAUCAUUAGGUAUGCUUCAAAACCUAAGAAUUUUGUGGCUAGAUAACAAUUACUUUAGUGGGCCAUUCCCUCGUGUUAUAUGCAAUUUAACUCAUAUGGACUCUUUAGACCUUGGAAGGAAUAAUUUUAGUGGUAGCAUCCCAAUAACAGUGGGAAACAUGGUUUCACUGUCGAGUCUACGUUUCUCGUUUAAUAACUUUAUAGGUACCAUCCCAACUAGUUUAUUCAACAUCACAACACUCUCAAUAUAUUUGGAUAUCUCCUACAAUCACUUAGACGGGUCAAUACCACCUGAAGUUGGGAAUCUACCGAAUCUUGUAUACCUUGAUGCCCGGUAUAAUCAAUUAUCAGGGGAAAUUCCUAUUACUUUCGAAAAAUGCCAGCUUCUCCAGAUUUUGUAUCUGCAAAACAAUUCAUUUAUUGGUAAUAUCCCAUCAUCCUUUAGUGAGAUGAAGGGUUUAGAAAUUCUCGACCUCUCUAGUAACAAUUUUUCAGGCCAAAUACCAAAGUUCUUUGGACACUUCCUCACACUCUAUGAUUUAAACCUCUCUUACAAUAACUUUGACGGUGAAGUGCCAGUGUUUGGUGUUUUUGCAAAUGCUACUGGCAUUUCGGUCCAAGGGAACAACAAGCUUUGUGGGGGCAUUCCAGAUCUUCACUUGCCUACAUGUUCUCUUAAGAUUUCCAAGAGAAGGCAUAGAGUUCCAGGGUUGGCGAUUGUUGUUCCCCUUGUUGCUACAACAAUAUGUAUCCUUUCAUUGCUCCUUUUCUUCCAUGCUUGGUAUAAGAACAGAUUAACAAAAAGUCCUUCAACAAUGUCCAUGCGAGCCCAUCAACUUGUCUCCUACCAGCAGUUGGUACAUGCAACAGAUGGCUUCUCGACGACCAAUUUGUUGGGUACUGGGAGCUAUGGAUCAGUCUAUAGAGGUAAAUUGUUCGAUGAAACUGGUGAGAAUGAAAAUCUUAUCGCUGUAAAAGUAUUGAAACUUCAGACACCUGGGGCUCUUAAGAGUUUCACGGCGGAAUGUGAAGCGAUGAAGAACUUAAGACACCGGAACCUUGUUAAGAUAGUUACAGCAUGCUCAAGCAUGGACUUCAAUGGAAACGACUUCAAAGCAAUUGUGUUCGACUUCAUGCCCAAUGGUUGCCUAGAAGAGUGGCUCCAUCCUCAGAUAGAUAACCAAUUGGAAGAGAGGCACUUGAAUCUUGUCCACAGAGUAGGUAUACUCUUUGAUGUGGCUUGUGCAUUGGAUUAUCUUCAUUUCCAUGGCACUACACCUGUUGUGCACUGCGAUCUUAAACCAAGUAAUGUGCUUCUUGAUGCUGAUAUGGUAGCACAUGUUGGAGAUUUUGGGCUAGCCAAGAUACUGUCUUCUCAACCCUCAACGAGCUCGAUGGGAUUUAGAGGGACAAUUGGUUAUGCUCCACCUGAAUAUGGUGCUGGAAAUAUGGUUUCAACUCACGGAGACAUCUAUAGCUAUGGAAUUCUUGUUCUUGAAAUGAUUACUGGAAGGCGGCCUACAGAUAACACAUGUGAGCAAGGAUUUAGCCUUCGCAAGUGCGUUGAGAUGGCCCUGAAUAAUCGAGCGAUGGACAUUCUCGAUGUAGAGCUGGUAACAGAGCUUGAAAACGCGCCGCCUGCAACAUCCAUGGAUGGUCCGUCAGAAAGGGUGAACUCCCUGAUUUCGCUACUUAAACUCGGGCUGCUCUGCUCUGGGGAAAUGCCAUUGAGUAGAAUGUCAACCAAAGAUAUCAUCAAGGAGCUGCUUGUAAUCAAAAGGGCACUCGCUUAAGAAAGCUUUUUUUUAAGAGGAAGGUCACAACUUAAGAAGGCUUUUGAGAAGCAAAACAUGCCAAAUUAUGUGCUCUUUUUUAUUAUUCCUGAUGUAUGUGCGAUUCUCUUUAAUUUCUAAGACAAACUCAUGAAUGCAUGGGUUUCAAAGAACAAAAGAAUUGUACUGGUGUAAUAUGCGAUAUAGAUUUUCUGGAUCACGGUGAAAAGAUGUUGCCGCUGAUACUCUCUUUUUCCUGAUUGAAUAUUUGUAAAGCUACAGUACCUGUUUGAGUAAACAAGCUGAACUUCACAUGUAUCGAAAA